UUCAUUUGUUUAUCACCAGCGAGAGUUUUCACAGAAGAAGAGCGGAGCGUCUAGCCCUCGAUACUUUUACAAUCUAUGUUUGUUUACAUUUUUUAGUCAAUAUUUGCACAUAGUGACAUCACUACGUAAACAUGAACGAGGAUACUCUAACCACUUUGAAAAUAUUGAUCAUCGGAGAAAGUGGAGUGGGGAAAUCCAGUCUUCUGUUGAGAUUUACAGAUGAUACAUUUGAUCCAGAAAUUGGUGCAACUAUUGGUGUAGAUUUUAAAGUGAAGACCCUCACUGUGGAUGGAAACAAAGCAAAGCUAGCAAUUUGGGACACAGCAGGACAGGAACGUUUUCGAACUUUGACACCCAGUUACUACAGAGGAGCUCAGGGUGUUAUACUAGUAUAUGACGUCACAAGGCGAGAGACCUUUGCCAAGCUGGACAACUGGUUGACUGAACUGGAUACAUACUGUACAAGAAAUGACCUUGUCAAGAUGAUGGUGGGAAACAAAAUAGAUAAGGAAGACCGGCAGCUGGAGCGAGAUGAGGGCUUAAAAUUUGCUAGGAAACAUUCAAUGCUGUUCAUAGAGGCCAGUGCUAAGACGAAGGAUGGAGUUCAGUGUGCCUUUGAGGAGCUGGUGGAGAAGAUCCUGCAGACUCCAGGCUUAUGGGAGAGUACACACAAGACCAGAGGAGUCCAACUAUCUGAACUCUCUCAAACUGAUGGAGGCUGUGGAGCAUACUGCUCACUUCUCUAGCAUUCAGACAAUGCAAGUUCGCUUCGAAACAAAGGAUACAUAAACCUCUUUAGUUUAUGUACCUAUGCAACCACCCAUACAAGUGACCAUAAGGAAAAAGUUAGUUUAUCAGUAUUCAUUUUAAUGUGAUCUCCGGGACACCAGAUAAACUUCAAGAGGAGCCCUUUCCAAUUCAGGACAUGCUUAAUAUUUACAAAAAAGUUGAAACUUAAUUACACCCCAGAUCGGUUGGUUCAGUUUAUAGUGUUUUACUUUGUUACGUCCCAGUGCCUGUGUUUCUUAUUUGUGGAGAGGUAAACAGUCAUCGGCCCAACUCAACCUUUCAAACUCCUGGAAUGAGAUCUCAGUACAACACAGAUUUCCAUCAACAUGCCCUCGCUUGAUGUCUGCGGUGUGUGUUCGUUCACUAUCAGCCCAUCUCUGGAUUCCACUUACUCUUCUUGUCAGUCACUGACGUUAAUUCACUUUUCUAUCCCGCUACACGAAUCUGUGUUCAAUUCACUUCUAUCUCUGUGUUUUCACCCUGUGCUCCACAUCGGCCCUCUCUCGCUUUACAGAAUAAUAGAGUUACCAUGGUUUUGGAUCUGAGCUUUACUGCUUUUAUUGACUUGGACCGCCCAUUCGAAAACAUGUUUUUAAAGGGUUUACAAAUCAAACAGAUUGGCACCCUGACUCUCUAUUGUAUGUAUAAAAAGGAGGAAAAUAAGAAGAGACUAGAUAAAAAGACGGCUUUUUUCCUUUAUAACUACUUGAAGUUGAAUGAAAACGUUUAACCUAAAGCAUCAUCAACCGUGUUUAACUCACUCUAGUGUCAGUUUGUCUUAUAGAAAGAAAAUGUUUAAAUGAAAGUCUUUGAGUGAGUCAUUAGGGUGUGACUAUAAACGGCUGGUUUUCACACCGAGAGAAAUGGAACAGAAUGACAAAUUUAGAAAAACUUAAAGACAUCUAAUAGUCAUGCAGAAUAGUUACAUUCCCCAGGUUCCAAUCUGGACCAUUGGAUCUGGAGUAUUUAAAGGGACACUCCGCUCAUUCCUAGAGUUAAAUGUUUGAUUUUUACAGUUUUGGAAUCCAUUCAGCUGAUCUCUGGGUCACUUUUAGCAUAGCUUAGCACAAUUCAUUGAAUCUGAUUAGACCAUUAGCAUCGCGCAAAAAAAUAACCAGAGUUUCGAUAUUUUUCCUAUUUAAAACUUGACUCUAUUAUAGUUACAUCGUGUACUUAGACCGACAAAAAUUAAAAGUUGUGAUUUUCUAGGCAGAUAUGCUAGGUACUAUACUCUUAAACUGGCAUAAUAAUCAGUGACUUUGUUGCUGUUACAUGGCUGCAGCAGGCGUAGUGAUAUUACGGAGUGCCCAAAAAUAGUCUUAGCAUAGCACCUAGCAUAUCAGCCUAGAAAAUCGCAACUUUUAAUUUUCUGUCGGUCUUAGAACACGAUGUAACUACAGAAGAGUCAAGUUUUAAAUAGGAAAAAUAUCGAAACGCUUUGGUUAUUUUUUUAGCGCGAUGCUAAUGGUCUAAUCAGAUUCAAUGGAUUGUGCUAAGCUAUGCUAAAAGUGUUAGCGCCAGACCCGGAGAUCAGCUGAAUGGAUUCCAUAAUGGUAAGAUUCAAAUGUUUAAAGGAAUAGUCUACUCAUUUUCAAUAUUAAAAUAUGUUAUUACCUUAACUAAGAAUUGUUGAUACAUCCCUCUAUCAUCUGUGUGCGUGCACGUAAGCGCUGGAGCGCGCUGCGACGCUUCGAUAGCAUUUAGCUUAGCCCCAUUCAUUCAAUUGUACCAUUUAGAGAUCAAGUUAGAAGUGACCAAACACAUCAACGUUUUUCCUAUUUAAGACGAGUAGUUAUACGAGCAAGUUUGGUGGUACAAAAUAAAACGUAGCGCUUUUCUAAGCGGAUUUAAAAGAGGAACUAUAUUUUAUGGUGUAAUAGCACUUUUGGGAGUACUUCGACUCGGCGCAGUAACACCCUCCCUCUCCCAUUAUAAGAGUGAGAAAGGGAGCGGACUUUUCAGGCGAGUCGAAGUACUCCCAAAAAUGCUAUAACGCCAUAAAAUAUAGUUCCUCUUUUAAAUCCGCUUAGAAAAGCGCUACGUUUUAUUUUGUACCACCAAACUUGCUCGUAUAACUACUCGUCUUAAAUAGGAAAAACGUUGAUGUGUUUGGUCACUUCUAACUUUAUCUCUAAAUAGUACAAUUGAAUGAAUGGGGCUAAGCUAAAUGCUAUCGAAGCGUCGCAGCGCGCUCCGGCGCUUACGUGCACGCACACAGAUGAUAGAGGGAUGUAUCAACAAUUCUUAGUUAAGGUAAUAACAUAUUUUAAUAUUGAAAAUGAGUAGACUAUUCCUUUAACUCUAGGGGAGCUAGAAAAUUAGCAUAUUUUCAAAAAUAGUGGAAUGUCCCUUUAAUCAACUUAGUGUUUGCUUUAGAGACUAAUCCAGGGGGUCCCAAAUGUUUAGCCAUAUAUUCACGGCUUAAAAUCCUGAUGGCAAAAUUUUCAGUCUGACUUUCGGAAACGCGUGAAAGAAAAACUGAUUUAAUGCAUUCCUUUUCAUUUUUAGAUCAAUUAAUAUUUACAAUUGAACAUUUAUGUAAUUACAAGUUGCAUGCAAUUUUAUCUUUAAUCUGUUGAACACAAAAAUAUAUAUUUUAAUAAGUGAUGGUAAGUACACAGUUGACGGUUCCCAUUAACUUCCAUAGUAUUUGUUUUUCCUACUGUGAAAGUCAAUGGGUACAGUCAAGUGUGUGCUUACCAUCAUUUAUAUAAAAAAAAACUUAUUAAAAAAAGUAAAUGAUCACAUAUUUGGUGUAUUUCUGGACUAUUCACUCCUAUAUGAUACAGUUUAUCACAGUUGAUCUGAGAACUUGUGUUGUUUAGGUAAUUUGGGGUUUUAAUUUUUUGAUCAUAUGUCUCUGUUUUAUACAUAUUAUUAGUAUAUCUAUUCACGAUUUCAGGUGUACUAUGUGUUUAGGUGUACUGAAUAGUGACUGUAAUUCACAAUAAUGUAUUAAACAAUAUUGCAUGUUUUUAUUGCACAUUAAUGGCUGUAUGCAAAUAUGUGCUGGCAAUAGACUUUAUCAUAAAUGCAUUAUAAUAUUAUUGA